UUUUGACAGGACAUGCGGCAGCCCUACCCAUUUCGCUAAAGCAGUAAAAUGGGUUUUAUCAUUUGCAGACAUCGAAGUGCACUAAGUCGGGGGUGUUCUUCAUGUUCGGAAUAACUUGCUCUGGUGUGCUGCGAUGAGUAUUUGUGUGCCAGCAUAGGAGUCAUGAUCGUGCGUUUCGAUCCAUGUGGCCUAAUAUGUGUUCUGAUGAUAUACGGUUGUGUCGUAUAUGCCGACUAUGUAAUCACUGUUUGGAUGGUCAUGCCGGUUUUUGGGGAAUCAAUCUGGGGUGCCGUUCAUAUUGCUCUUUUCAAUACUCUGAUCUUCAUGACACUAUUCUCACAUGCGCGUACGAUGUUAACAGAUCCGGGAGUGGUCCCUAUUUUGAAGAAUGGGAUGUAUCUAGACAGAAAUGCACGAUUCGGUUUGGUUUCUUCAUCAUCUGAUGAUGAUAGCCCCAGCGACCGAGAAGCAAUGAUGCUUAGGAGUCGAAGCGCUGCUGCGGCAGACUGGACUAUGUGUACUCGAUGCGAAUCCUUCAGACCUCCACGAGCCCAUCACUGUCGUGUAUGUCGUCGAUGUAUACGAAAAAUGGACCACCAUUGUCCCUGGGUGAACAAUUGUGUUGGCGAAUUCAAUCAAAAAUUUUUCCUCCAAUUCCUUUUUUACGUAGGGUUGUCGAGCACCUACUCUAUCAUGGUUAUGGUUCUUUCAUGGGUGUACGACGACGAGUUUGCUUCUACAGGCCUCAAAGGACCUUUUGGAGAGAACGCACAUCACGCCAAAGUGCUCCAUUCUAUAUUCCUUUCUAUGGAGAGCGCUCUGUUUGGAAUGUUCGUCUUUGCUGUCUCUUGCGAUCAGCUGAGUGCGAUCUUCUCCGACGAGACGGCCGUUGAAGCUGUACAAAGGCGAACGAGAUUGGCAUAUAAGAAAAGUCGCCGUCGAGGAAGAGUAGCUUUACUCAGAGAAGUUUGUGGGGGAGGAUCUCUACUUGCAUGGUUUUUCCCUUGCUCUUCGCCACCAUCGGACCACGAUAUCACAUCCGAAAUUGACUUCAACUGCAGCGGGAAAUGUGUUCUGUCAAUAACUUUAAUCUAUUCUAAAAGAUCAUGAAGUCAAAAAAAUCAUCAAAAAAGAAUGUUUUUCAAAAGCUAUGGAAGUCUUGGCGCUCCUCUCAAGAAUCGUCUUCGCAAUCUAUGGAGUUGGUCGAAUAUAAGGGACCAGUUAACACGAACAACCCAGCUGAAAUCCUCUUUGUUGAUUAUUACCGCAUUCUUGGAGUAGAACGGCAGGCGUCAUUAACGACAAUCAAAGCAGCGUACCAUGAGCAAGCACGUAUUUGGCAUCCGGACAAGAACGAUGGCAGUGAACGGAGCAAACAAAGGUUCAUACAAGUGCAAAGAGCGUACACUAUUCUAUCUGAUCCAAAUAAACGAGCCAUCUACGAUCGUUUUGGUGCCAUGGGUCUGGAUGUGGCCGAGCACUAUGAUGAAGACCAACAGCAGUAUAUGGCAGAUUUUGCUAGGUCUUCAAAAUGGCUAAUACUUGUAAUGUGCGUGGGUGUACUUACUUGCUGCUUUUGCUGCUGUUGCUGCUUCGGUUGCUGUUCGAUGUGUCGCCGAUACCCGAAGACAGAAGAGAGUCGACGUAGAGAUAGCAGUAAAAGAAAGAGGAGAGCAGCAGAGUUGGACUCCGAAUACUCCAUCCGAUCUCAACCGGCUUUCAUGCAUGAUUUAUUCCCCGAAGACAUGAAGGUAAAAGGAUUAGAAUAGACAAAAGGACUUAAAGGCGACUAGCUAGCUAAGUUACGAUAUUACUAUUUACAAGAUUCUAAAGGACUCUAAACACUUGCUUCCUGGAG